AUGACUGACGUCCUCCGCCCCGGUCUACAACCGGCUUCCCUCAAGUCGGGAUCGACCACUGCAAGCUCCAGGUCGACUGCGAUCCCCGCGCCGAUGCAACCGCCACUCGUACGGCCAAGCUCGCGCUUGAAAUCACAAAAGACAUAUGUUCGAGAAGAGCAAGUCGAUCCAGCGAGUGAAAAGGCCACCCUUGCCUUAAUCCGACGCGUUCUUCGUCCCCCAACCAGCGAUCAUGGCUCAUCCUCCCAACAACCUCCUGAAAGUCCGUUGCCUCCCCUCACGAGCUCCAAUGACGUCGACCUUCAGCUUUACGCCAUAAUUGCAAUAAUAAUGAAAGAUUUUGUGUACUCUUGGUACUCCAAGAUCACCCCCGACCAGGCCCUCGUCAAUGAAGUUCUACUAGUGAUAGCACACUGCACCCGUGCCUUAGAGCAAAGAAUACGCCAAAUAGACGUUACACAAUUGGUAUUUGACGAAAUUCCAGCGCUAGUGGAAGCGCAUAUCGCUUCUUACAGAUUGGCCAAGAAGCAGUCAUCUAUGUCAGGUCUACCUACGUCGUAUCGUGCAAUCUAUCAUGAGUUGAAUCCCCAUCCUGGGUUGUCGCCAGUUCCAGAUUCUAUAGAUCCCGACACGAUAACAAUGCAGAGAGAAAACGAAGAGGUCUAUCGUCGACUACUUGCCAACGGGAUCUUGACAAUUCUGCUACCAACUGAGGACUUAGAAAAUAGUAGUCUGCGCACAUUGGUCGCAGAUGUCAUAGCGGACUUGAUUUUGGGGAAACAAGUUAGCGGCAAGAUAUGCGAAGGAUGGUUUCUCUAUGAAAGCAUCACCAAGCUCAUUACAUUGAGACAUCGUACAGAAGCCGAUAUCAAGGAGUCUUCGGAAGACGUUCCUGCCAACCAGCUAAAGAAAUUCGGCUUGCUUCCGAUCAAAGACGAGUCUAAUAGCCCACAACCUGUCCAAUUACCAGCAACGGCCUGGAUAUGGAACGUUCUUCAAAGUGUCUAUCUUGGUUACGUUGCCUUGCGUUUCAUUGCGACAGGUCUGUUCCGCGUCGCAUCGAGGUCAGAACAGGGAUGCUCGCACGGUGACGGUAUUUCAUUUCCCGCUGCAACGCCCCCAUUGAAGGGGGGUAAUGGGUCUUCGUCCGACGGCGUCGUCAUUAAGCGCCCAGUUCUUGAUUAUCAAGUCUUUUCGAUGGCUUCGCGGCUUCUGGGUACAUCGCAGAGAAUGCCGUGGCUUUCCGGUUCACUAGCCCUCGUCCAGCACCUGAUCGUGGCAGGACCAGGUCGACUGGGUGACACGAACAGCAUACUUGAUAGAUUUCUCCAAGAAACGAUCGAUGAAUACGUGCUGACCCCCGCUUUGUUGCCCAACCUUCUGCUCGCAUCGCGGAUUGCUCUUUUUCCAACUAAUGCCGGUAAUGCAGCCCCAAUGCCUGGGAAUGUAGUACUCUCGGCUUCGACCCCGCAGCUGUCUGCCCAGCCCCCGACGCCUACUGCGAAGGCCGUCGCUCCAGCUCCUUCCACGACACCUGUUCAGGAAGGGGCCAGGGCCCCUGAAGCUGUACCUUUGACCAGAGAUGCAACAGAUUACAUUCAUGCCGGGAUCAGCAAAUAUGCCGGCAAUGGUAGUGGUUCAGGUGAUCUAACACCAUCACCGCCUUCGACAUCAACACCAGAAUCUGAAACGGUCGCGCCUUCAGAAUCUGAAAUCGCUACCAUCAAGCGAGAAUGUGCAGCUGGCAUCCUAGCUAUGAUUCCGCGCCAAGUUGCACGAUCCUUUUUCGGGCUUCAGAGUGCCGAUAGUUUCUGCACGGGGAGUUCGUCCUCCCCGGUCACGAUCGCUAGUUCGGGAAAGGGCAGAGAAUGUGGCGAUCAAGUGCGAUCUACCUCUCCAAUACGGACCGCGCCGUCCCUCCCAGAACAAAAAAAUGGAAUCCCUGCUGAGCGGUCUGAGCAGCGCCCAGAUGAACACGACAAGGUAGUUGACUCGGACGAGGAGUUCCUUUUGCAGGCUAUUGAGACUGAUCUGCUGGAUCUACUUUCGGAUGAGUACUGCAACAAACAUCUCAUUUACGCUAUUAUUGAGACUGUUCUUGCCGGGGUUCUUCCUGAAUUGGCGAAUCGCAGUGUUGCAGGGCUUAUGGAGGAUCGUGGGGUUACUUCAUCGGGUCUUAAGGCAUAA